CUUCUUCGGCUCAGCGCAAAUCUAGGGGCAUCCAGACGAGUUCCGGUUCGUUCGAUCCUCACAUUUGUUUUUUAGGAGAAUUCAUUUCUCUGGACAUCUGGGAUUGAACUGAAUAAAGCAAAAUGCCGUCGGCUUCCUCUUUUGUGAAUUGUGUGCGCCUGGUGGUGUUCUUUCGUGUGAUACUGUAAUUCUAAGGUGUUAUUUUGAAGUUUUAAUUUAAUUUUGAUUAUAUCUUAAUUUGUGGAAUGCAAGUGUCUAGUUGUUUCAAUUGUUUUGGUGACCCAGAAAUGAGUAAAACAUGGGUUCAGAAUAAAGUUUGUUAAUUUGUGCUUUCUUGGAUCAAAGUUUUAAUUUUGAUCUGUGAGAGGGGAAGUUGAUGAUGUGUCUUUAUUCUUCUUUCAGUCUUGUAUUUGGUGGAUGAUUUUACUAAAGGCAUUCUCAUUGAUGUAGGUGAAAUUUGAUUUGAAAGGAAUUCUUCUUUUUCUAUUUGGUGAGGGUGCAAUUUAUAAUUGGUUGGGGGAUUGAGAAUGUAUGUUGCAGUAACCAUAAAGAGAUAUAGAGCUGUGAAGGAAGUGGGGAAGAUUAAAAUGAGCGUCGGUGUUAUUGCAUACUACCAACCAGUGCAAGUUUGUCAGGCUGAGUAUUUCCGUCAGUUGCUUAAACCUGUUACGUAGUCUAAUCCAAAAAAGCUCUUGGUCGGUAGAAUCUGGUAUUAUCUGUGUGGUGAUUGGUUUGUACGUAAGAAUGCAGUGACAGAAUGGAAUUUUGGACUGUGUAAACUGUUGGUUUGGGAUAGGCAGCUUGUUCUGUGAUGGAAGUCUAGUUUACUAUAUUGUUUUCAUCACAAGCUAUUUGAAGUACAGUUUGAAAUUGGAUAAACCAGUUUUAAAGCUGAAAAGCAAUCUCAGUGAACUUGUUAUUAAGUAGGGUAUUCAAUGCAAAGGGACCGUCAGUCUUAUUCCCAAAAGGGAGUGCCCACAUUUGCAGAUCCAGUGGGCAAUAAUUAUAUGCAUAUUCCUGUUCCAUCUGCUUCUGGUGCAGUUUUUCCUCCGUGUGCAAGGCCUUUGCCUCCACUCUAUGGUGUUGAGUUUCAGCCAUCUGAGGUGUGCCCAACAAAUUUCAUUAUCUUUGAUCAAACCUCUCAUGGAAGCCAAAUCAUGUUUAAUCCUGCUAUCGCACAGAGGUUCAGUUCUUAUGGAUUAAAUUUCUGUGCUAAUUAUGUCCAACACAGUCAGGAGAUAAAAGAUGUCUCUGAUGGAGAAAAAGAAACCUCCUCUUUUCUACAAGAGGAUUCAGAUGAUAUUGAUGCAUUACUCAACUCAGAGGAGGAGGAGGAGGAAGAAGAAGAAGAAUAUAACGAAGAAGAGGUGAGCACAGCACGGACUUGUGGAAAUUAUGGACAAAAGUCAUAUUGUUCAAAAUCUAGGAAGAACAGUUCAUCUUCUACUCUGAGGUCUUAUGAUGGUGACAGCAGGUGUAACAGUGGAAUAAAGCAACAGAAAAUGAAGAAGAUGGUAAAGGUUUUGAGGGGAAUUGUUCCUGGUGGUGAUCAGAUGGAUACUGUUUCUGUUCUCGAUGAAGCUGUUAGGUAUCUCAAGUCUCUCAAGGUUGAAGCACAGAAGCUUGGAGUUGGAAGUUCAAAGAACUAAGUUGAGUGCAUAUGUAUCAUGGUAACAAGACUCCUCUCCUAGAAUUUGAGUUUAUUCUCUACUAGUUUGCCCUCUCAUCACCUUCUGGAUCUUUACCUUUGAGAGAUACCAGGGACAGUUUGUCACGGUUAUGUUGGCAGUUCAAGUUAUAAUGUAUUAUUUCCGUUCGAUGCACUGGUUGUCAAACUUUUGAAGCUCCCACAUUACCCUUGGAUGGAGAGGGCAGAUGUAAUGGGCAAAAUUAGCUAUGGUGGAUCCAAGGAUGGUUACUGUUAACAAUAAAUUCUUGUUGCCACUUUAUCUGUAUUGCAUGUUUGAACUGUUUGAAUGAUAGAAUAUGUACUUGAGUACUUCAACUAUACUUUGAAAGCCUCUGUUCAGCGUGAUUACUACAUUCAAAUGCACUAUCCUCGAGUCUUGAGCAUCAAUUUUUUUUGGGGAUACAUUAGGGCAACCUCCUGAGCAUCAUUUUACGGAUAUAUAAUUUCUUUGAAGCUCUUCUAUUGCCCUCUAGCUUUUUCCCUUUCCUCUUCCUCUGGCAUUGGGUAGUUUUUCUUUGGUGUUGAAUCAUUCUAUGCUUCUUAAGUGCAUUCUUUUUCCUGUUUAUUGUUUCUCUUCAUGGUGGUACUUUAUGUUUUUAUCAAUUUGUUGGAAUCUCAGCAACAUGUCAGCGGCACCAUAUGUAGUUCUGACUCCAAAUUGUAUCUUUAUAAAUGCCUAAAUAUGUA